AUGCAGAGCACAGGCUACUACAAGGAGCCCUACUGGAACAAGCACGUGGCCUGGAGCGCACCUGAGUCCCUGAGUCGACACUCGUCACACCUUCUGUCACAGUUCACGGACGUGGAGAUCACCAAGUUCGUCCGCGCGAUGGAGAUCCACCUGCGCUACGCCGGCGAGCCGCUGUGCCAAGAGGGCGAAGCAGGUGAUGGCCUCUUCGUGGUGCUGAUGGGCACGAUCUCUUGCUACAAGGGCAGCCAGCUCUGCACCAUCAAGCCCCCGGGCUCCCUCAUCGACGAGGCUGCGGUGUUGUACAGCUACCCAAGGCCCUACUUCAUGAAGGCCCAGGGCGAGUGUGUGAUGGCCAAGCUUUGCCGCAAAGAUUAUGUGGACCUUGGCACGCGCUUCCAGUUCUAUGCGCGGGAGAAGUACAAGAGCCUCCUGAUGGAAACGAAAGUGCUCGAGACGAUGCCGCCAGAGGGCAUCGCUCGCAUCGCCGACACUUUGCAGAAGCGGACCUACCAGCCCAAGGAGGACAUCAUCCGGCAGCACGAGGAAGGCAAGGAGUUCUUUAUCAUGCUCUCGGGCGUCGCACGAGUCUGGGUCCGAACAGGCAACGAUGAGCAGGAGUAUAAGCGCUACAAGGCGGGAGACCUGUUCGGAGAGCUCGCGCUGCUGAAGAACGCUCCCCGGGCGGCCUUCGUGUCUGCGGUCACCAGCGUCGAGGUGCUGGCCCUGACCCGGAAGCAGUUCGAAAGGCUCUUCGGGCCCAUGACGGACCUGCAACAGCAGCAGUACCUCACGGAUCCAAGGAAGCUCAUCGCAGACUUCUACAUGACCGGGGACGCUCGGGGACCCCGCGGCAGUCUGAAGCUGCAUCAGCUGACGCCAGAUGCCAAGGCUCACGGCGAGAGCACCUGGUUUGCCGUGUACCGGCCUACCAGUAAGGACGCCAUUGCCAAGAUGCUGUCUGGGGUGGCCGUGGGCAAGGGCUUGAACGUGAAGGGGAAAUCCGCGAAGAAGGGGGUGCUCUCUGGCUUCGUGCCCUUCAUCCAGAUCUCGGACAAUGACCACCGGUCCAUCAUCGAGCAGUCUCCGCGCGAGUCGCGAGUCACCGUCUACUACAAGACCAAGGCUUCGCGGCAGGAGGCGCAGAAGCUCCUCCAGGCGGCCUUGGAGGACACCAGCUUGGACAUCGAGGACCGGUCCAUUCGCCUCGUGGACGACUUCCAGCCCGAGAGUUGGGGCCUGGAUCUGCCAGAGCCGCUCAUCCGCGAGAUGUACAUCGUGAGAUCGGACCUGACCCCGGUCAUGGGUUGGGAGACCGGGCGGCGAUCGGAGCCGGCCUUCAUGGACAUGAACUUGCACGCCAUCCGCGGGAAAUCCGAGCCCCAGGUGGUCCUCUACCAGUACGACGAGAGCGACCCGAUGAAUCCCCGUGGUUUGCUCAUCGCGUAUGCGGAGGCCCACGUGAAGCCCGUGGUCUCCGACUUCGACACCUUCACGGUGGGCAGUCGAGGCAUGCGCUACAGCCAGCUCCCCGCGGACCAGGCGCAGCUCAUCACGUGGCUUCUGCAAAGGACGCAGGAAAUUUUGGGGUCACUGGACCACAACCCCUGGACUUCCCGGUGGUUGGAGGUGUUGAAGAAGGAGAACGAGAAGGAGGAUGGGGUCCACCCAGAGCUGCCCAAGUUCGGCUUCGGGGAUCCCACCUCGUACCAGCUCAUUGCUGAUGUGGUAGCAGAGACUGCUCCUUGUGGUGCUGUCCGCCACGGUGCCGAGUGUAGCAACUUCUACUUCCCCCAGGAGCUGGACGACGAGUUCCUGGUGGUCUGGCAUGGCUUCAACGAGAUGCACGGCAAGCCUUGGGAUUACAAGGAUGAGUCCAGCCUCCGAGCCUUCCUGCUUGAGCGCAUCAAAGAGGGCUACUCCUUUCCCUUGAAUCCGGUGUGGCCUGUGCGGGACAAGGGCUGGUUCGAGGUCUUCCAGGCUCUGAACGCCUCGGAGCACGGGGCCGCGGACCUUCAGUCCUGGUUCCCACCCGAGCUGGACUAUUCGAACACCAUCGAGCGGCUGCACGCCAAGUUUCCAGAAGGUUUUCGCCUCGUCCAGAAGUUGUCAUACGCUGGAGAACAUCGAAGCUGGCUUUGA